AUGAAUCUGCCUGUUACACCAGUCAAGGGCAAAGUAUGCAGUGCAUUAUCGACAGAACAUGAGAUGAAUCAUGAUCAAUACCAGGAUAUGUCGUACCCACGACAGAACGACUUCGCUGCUAAUCAAACUAAUAAUAUGAAACCUGUUACUAUACCGCGGCAGAACCGGGGCAAGAACAAGAAACUGCAUGAACACACACAAUCGCAGGUACGAUUUUCCAUUCCAGAUCCAAAUGAGUUAUCACAGAACUCGCCAUUGAGGAUUGUUUUUCCCAAUAGUGGAAGCGAGCUCGAAAGAAAAAUGUCUACUUCAUCACUACUUAUGAACUGUCACGGUCAUUUAGUUGAUAUGCACUCCAAAAUACUAGUCGAUGUCCCAGAAGAGGUUUGGAAAUUUCAUCAUGAUAGAAGGAUGAAAAGUGAAGGCAAGCAUCGCAGAACCCGUUCUGAUGUCAAGUCCAGCGCAAAUAGAAAUGAUAAAUCAUUGAAUCAUUCCAGAUCAAAAUCUUUACAGUCCAUCAUAGUGGAUACAAUGAAUACAUACCGUGCAGCCGAUGUUGAUACUACUUCCAACGAAAAUACUAGUAAUGUUAGUCAAGUAUCUCCGUUAAACUUAUCAUUUGAAAGACCUCCUCCUUUAACACCAGAAAGGAAUCUAUAUCUUACGCCCGAAUCUCCAUUGAAUAGAUAUCCUUUACCCGUACCCUUGGAGAUAACUCUACCGCCCUACUUAUCUCCACAAAACAAGCAUAAACAAAGAAACAGCUUAGUCUAUGACGGAGAUGGCUACAGUAAAUUUCAAGAAAAUAACGCCUCGUCCUCCACCGAAUCUUCUCUAGAACAACCCUCAUCCUCGUAUUCAGAUGAAGAAAAUUCUAUCCCAUACGCCCAUCAUGAUGUGUCUUUCGAGUUAAACAAUGCUGACCCCGAUAAGUUUCUCGGAAUUGAUGAAAACGCCAAUGUCAAUCUAAAAGUACAAAGAAGAAAUCUCAAAAGUCCACAACAUAUUCAGAAAAAAAGAAACAGCGGUUAUGAAGAGGAAGACCUUGAAAAAAAUGUAUCCUUGAAAAUUCUAUCGACGCCGAAUAAACUAAUAGACAUUCCUGACUUAGAACAUAUGACUUCUCCGCCAAGUACAGGUUAUAAUGGUACUUUGAAAUUUUUCCAACAAUUUGAAUCUCAGGAAGAACCAGUGUCUCCAGUCUGCAAUUUGAACCCUAAAGCACAAGAUACACUCGAUAUGUCAUUCAAAUUUCCCUCCACUUUCACUGAUAACAAUGUUAGUGAAGCGCGGGUCAACGGAAAUCUUAAAAACUCGAAUAAUGAAGAUUUUCUGAAAGUUGAUACCUCGCCUGUGAAUCUGUCAUUUGAAUCAAGAAGGCAGAUGUUAAUGGAUUUGCAAAAAUCUCCAACAAAUAAUAAUCCAAAAUUACAUAAGCAUAGGAGAAGUAGGAGUGUUCAUAAUAUUGACGACACUUUUUUGAAUUUCGAGGCAACCUCUACACCGCCAGCUCCGGCUUCUGCUCCAACACUUCCUGUUAAAUAUUCUAAUCCAUGCACUUCCCCUGAAAUACCUAAAAGAUCACCUCUACGAUUUACAUCAUCUCCGAAGACAUCAGACAUGUCACCAGACGUUCGGUCAUCUGACAAUGGGUCAUUUGGGCAAGAAUUCUCAGUACCUUCGAUUCAGAUUAUAGCAGAUGAGAGCACUUCUCAUUCAAUCGAUCCUUCACUUACUGAAUAUUCUAAUAAUGAACAUGAUGAAGAAGCUUCUUUUGUCGAAGUGGAUGCUGAUCAAUCUAUCGCCAUUAUAGAUGGAACGAAAAAAAAUUUAUCGGUAGAGGCGUUCAAACCACUGUCUUCAUUCAAUUCAUUCGGUCAACAAAUUCAAAAUAAGAGAUUAUCUCCUUUAAGCCAGGCUUCUACGGACUUAAUUGGCAAACAAACAACCGACGAGGCUUCACAGUCACUCCCAUAUAAAGUUGUAUCUCCAAAAAGGCAGUCAUCACGUUCAGGUAGUAGUAAAUCCUCAUCCUAUAAUUCAGAGUUCUCUGCUAAUACGACCGUUACCGAUACUACAUCCCAACCUUCUGUAACAAUCAACAGAGAAACUUUACAACAGAACAAUAUACUCAAGAAAAAACCAAUUGAAAGUAGAGGAUAUGGCCCUCAAUCCCAAAGGAGCAACUAUUCGUUCCCCAGGAAGAAAACUGCGCCUUCAGAGGGGUUUGAUUUGGAAUUUAAUACUAUUUACGAAAAAAGAGAUGGUAAGCUUGUUGAGGUUAUUCUAUUGGAUGAGGACGAAGGCGCAAGCCUUGAAAAUAGCAAUACCCCAAGAACAAGGGAUAUCCAAGGUCGUAAAGCUAAAAAUGACCAACAGAUAAAAAGACUGAGUCAUUACAACGAAAUCUUAGGAAUGUGUGAUGAGACUGCAGAUGAAGCAAAAAGAAUCAUUUAUCAAUUGGUGAAUGAGACCACUAGAUUUUCAGAGAAAGGUCAUUCGAAAAAGUCACACAAAUCAAGAAUACUUCCACCAUUACCUUUUCCGCUAUAUGAUAAGAACGGAAAUUUUUUGAUCCAAAAUAAGUAUCAAUCACAUAUUGACAACAACAUUUCAUAUAAUCGCAAGUUCAAAUGA